AUGCAAGUCCUGCAAACUUCUUAUCUCUUCACUUUUCCUAAACCCCUAAACCCUUCCCCUCCUCAAUUCCACCACCGUCCUCCGCCCUUUCUCCACCAUCCUCCGCCUUUCCUCCAGCGCCUCCGCCCUCUCCCCGGCCCCUUCCUCGUCCCCAAAUCCUUCCGCACGGAAGAGUUCCCGGUGGACGAUAGCUUCCCCGAGAACUUCGGCCCCAACGACAAGGAAUCCGAGGAUGAAGCCCGGCGUCGCAACUGGAUCGAUCGCGGGUGGGCUCCGUGGGAGGAAAUCCUCUCUCCGGAAGCGGAUUUCGCGCGCAAGAGCCUCAACGAAGGCGAGGAAGUUCCCCUAAAAACCCCCGAAGCCAUCGAAGCGUUCAAAAUGCUGAGCCCUAGCUACCGCAAGAAGAAGAGGGAGGAGAUGGGGCUGACGGAGGAGGAGUACUUCGCGAAGCAGUUCGAGAUCAAGGGCGAGAUUCCGGAGCCGCUCGUGACCACGUGGUCGGGGCCGCUCGUGGUGCGUCUCGUGCCGCCGCGCGACUGGCCACCGCGGGGGUGGAGCGUGGACCGGAAGGAGCUGGCGUUUAUUCGAGAGGCGCAUAAGAUGCAGGCGAAGGUGACCUUGGAGGAGGUGGAGAGUGGAGUGAGGACUGACACGGAUGACGUGUGCUUGGAUAGGUAUAAGGUGUUUCUGAAGCAGUAUAAGGAGUGGGUGGAGGCUAACAAGGAUAGAUUGGAAGAGGAGUCUUAUAAGGUUGCAAUUUCACUUCAAACCAUUGCUGAACUUUUUGCUCAAGACCAAGAUUAUUACCCUGGUAGAAGGAAAAGAGGGAAGGACUACAAGGAGGGCAUGUAUGAGCUUCCGUUCUAUUAUCCUGGCCAAAUUUGUGUUGGGAAGGUUACGAUGUUGCAUCUCUAUCAAGGGGCAUUUGUUGACAUUGGCGGGGUACAUGAUGGGUGGGUUCCUAUAAGGAGAAAUGAUUGGUUUUGGCUUCGCCAUCACAUAAAAGUGGGUAUGCACGUCAUUGUUGAAAUUAUGGCAAAGCGAGAUCCUUAUCGCUUCCGCUUUCCUAUUGAACUUCGUUUUGUUGAUCCAAAUGUGGAUCAUCUAAUGUAUGCUUACAUGUUUUUGGCAUUCAAUGUUCUUUUUCACAAAUUUGACUUCCCACCAAUAUUUCAUCGUGAUGAAGAUACCAAUGAAGAUGAAUUACGGCGUGAUUGUGGAAGACCUCCUGUUCCUAGAAAAGAUUUGAAAGACAAGCCAGAGGAAGAACCUCUAUUGUCUAAUCAUCCAUACGUUGAUAAGUUAUGGCAAAUUAAUGUCGCUGAGCAACUGAUGGUGGAUGAUAUGGCAAUUAAUCCUGAUAAAUAUAAAGGCAAAAAGCCUUCAGAUUUGGUUGAUGAAGAAGAUUUUGAUGAACAAAAUGAUGUUGAGUAUACCAAAGUUAAAUAUAAUAAUACAUUAAUACCAAAAACUAUUCUGAAAACAAGUGUCCAUGAACUUGAUUUAGAGGCUGCACUUGCUGAGCGUGAGCACCUUGUUAAAUUAGGGAAAGAAGCAGCGGAGAGAGGUGAAAAAUACAAAAUUAAAAAGCUGAGGCGCAAUAUUGAGAUGGAUGAGUAUGACUACAUGCAUUGGCGUAGAUCAUUUGAGGAAAGAGAAGCAUUGAUAAGAGACAUAAGCUGUCGCAAAGCACUUGGUCUGCCAUUGGAAGAGCCAGGAAGGUAUAUGGAUGCUAGUUUUUUUGACAAAGACAAAUAUGAUCCUACAAGUCCACUGUACCGUUAUGACUACUGGGGGGAACCUAAGAAUUCAGAGAAGAGCAUUCAAGAGCGAAUGACAGAUAUUCAUAACAAAAAAAUUGUGGGCAAGGCUGAUGUUUGGUAUGGAAUGUCGUACGAUGAUUGCGUCAAGGAACAAAUGGAAAGUGAAGCCCAGUCAAAAGAACAGGAAGGCAAAGAUGAGGAUGAUCAAAGUGAUGAAGAUGAGAGUGAGGACGAGGACUAUUUUGACUUCAGUGUUUUGAACAGUCUCGAUAGUAACUUGUCAGAUCAACCUCAUGUUAAUGGCACCGAGUCUUCUACAGUAUCAGGUGAAGGCAUGUUUGAGGAUUGA